UCACAAAUUUAUAUGGAACAAAGACCUAGAUUACACAGAUUGGAAACUUCGCGCCUUAUCGGGCUAUCUCUCGGCGGGGUCACGUGGUCGAGAAACUGAUAAGAACACUUGGGAUCAGCAGACGAUUUAUUCCACGAAUCAAUCGGAGUAGUCCGGAGAUAGCCGGUGUAUCACGAUUGCGAUAAGAUAGCGACGCGUCAGUAGCAACGGCUACGAUUAUCGAGCAAAGUUAUGCGAAAAUGUUACGGCGCUGUAGAAAGGCGGCUGUAACUUGGUCAAUAAUGAUCCGAUUUUCAUAAAAUAAAGUUUCAUAGAAACAUGAGUAAUUAUGUUUUUAUAAAAUCUCGAUUUUAUUUACCUACAAUAAGAAUUUAUAAUGCCGCGAUCAUUGAAGCAAUUGCGCUAAGAACUUCCAAAUCGCGGCGAGAAUGCUGUUGAAUAAUUUAUUUGAAAGGCUUUUGCUGAUAAAAUAUUCUUGUAUAAUUUGGUAUUUCAGACAGUUAAAACCUUAUGAAAUAUUAUUAUUUCAAAAUAUGUGGACACAUAGAUCUAGGUCUCUGAUUAAAACAGCAUUACAGUAUAAUAAAUGCUAUGAUCGUUCGAUCCAAAACCGGGUUUAGUUCGACUUAUUUCAAUAUUGAUUGUGUAGAUUUUUUUCAAUUGUUUAAUUCUCUUUUUAUUUAGAUCUUAUUCGUGAGUUAUAGGUUAUUAAAGUUUUGUUUGUAAUCCAGUUUUUUUCUUUUGGUUAUUAAAUUAAGCUUUCAGUAUCGUGGGCUAGGAUUUCGCGAAAAGAAAAAAACAAAAACAUUUCACGUGCGUGUUAAUCGUCGAAUCAAUUAGCGAACUGAAGAUGCUUUGAGUGUUUUUUCUUUACUAUUGAGAAUUAAUUAAAAGAAGGGAUUCUUACUUCAAUUAUCAGUUUGCGUUGUUGAUUGUUUUUAAUUGUGUGAUCAGUGGCCGCGGCCGGCGAAUUCAUUCUUUAUAUGUCAUUGUGAUGUCCAAUUAAGGUAAGUCUUUGUUGUGAAUGUGUUAGAUUUUAAUAUACUUGUUUAUAAUAGUACGUUAUAAACACAAUGAAAUGCUGUAUAAAACUGUUUAAAAAAGGCUAUUCUCGAUUGUGUAUCUUAUAAGUUGGACAUACUAGUACAUAUUUUGGAUUUUACAUUUUUUAAAUUCUGUAUCAUUUGUGCAAUCAUGUCGCGUAACAGAGACCCUGAUUUUUUCGCUUGGAGUGAUAGUGAUUUAGACCUUGAUGAGCUUUUUGAAGGGGACUAUACUGACAAUGACUCUGUUUGUACUGAUAAACAUAGUGUUAGUGUUGAUAAGAAAGAUAUAUAUGUGUGUCCAAUUUGUUCACGAGAAUACAAGACUAUAUCUGGGUUCCGAGGUCACGUAACGAAAAAGCAUGACGAGAACUUUAAAGCUUGUGAGCACAAAAAAGGGGCUGCAAAAAACAAGAAAGAGGCUGCUUACAUGUAUCAGAAGAAAACAACAAAUGCACCAACCAGCAUAAAUGAAGACGUGAAGAAAGUCUUCCAACAAGCUUACACCAAUAGUCUGAGAACAAUUAUCAGCAGUCCAAUCUACAACAUUUUUGGACAGUCUGACCAGUGUAAGGUAGCCAAGUGUUGUGUAGACAAUGAAAUUGUAAGGAAAAAGUUUGAGGACCUAAUGUUGGAGGUGUUCAAUGGAAGUAGUGGUGCAUCAACUUCAGAAAGAGAAACCAUCUUCAGAAAACUACAUGAAAAAAGGUUGAGCUCUGCAGUGAUUGAAGACCUCACAAGAACUAUAAACAAUGAAACAACUAAACAUUCUGAGGAGGCGGUGAACAAUUUCAUUCAAGAUUUUGUUCUUGAACUUGUUGGGGCAAUAUUUAAGAGUUUUGUGGAAUUGUGCGCGCAAUCAUCCAAAAACACUAGUGAAGUAAUCAGUGAAAAUGACUCGAAAGUGCUUUUCUAUAUAUCUGGAUAUUUAAUCAGUGCUCUUCUGAAGAGGUAUAGCAAGGUAAAAAAUCCAACUGAAAAAGAACAUAAGAAAGAUGUUAUAAAGAGUUUAGUGAACAAAUCCUCAGAGAAAACAUUCACGGAAAAGUACAGCACAAUGAUAGACUACAAGAACUGUGGUGGCUUGAAAAAACCAAGUGACAAUUUCUUUUUCAUGAUACGCGAGUUUGAAAAUGUUGUGCGAAAAUCAGUGGACCAUGAAAGCAUUCAUUCGAAGUCUUUCUUAAAAGAUGAAUUACGUGAAGAAAUUCUUGACUCAUUUAUGGUAAAGCACUAUAGCUGUGAUGUGUUUGAACUUGUGGAAGAUGAUAAUGAAAGAGAGAGCUUUCUUGAAGAUUGCAUAAACCUAUUUCUUACUGUAAGAGGUUUUGCAAUUACAAAACUAAUAAAUAAGAAAACUGAGAAAAGUGCAAAAAAUGAAAAGAAAACAUCCGCCAGCCUGAGAGAUGCUUUAAAGUCACUGAAUACCGGUAAUUUGAAAUAAACUGGGACUAUAGGUCUGUACCAGAAGUUUAACAUCAGGACUAUCAGUAUGGGAAUAUUGAAACUAAUAACGUGUGCUCUGCUAUUGCUUACGCUUUUAACAAUGACAAUUUGUGGUUUUUAUAGUCAUCUCACAGCUUUUGUUUGUGUUUUAAUAGUAAGCUCACAGCUAUCUGUUAAAAUAUGUUUGUAUAUUAACUUGCAUGUGUAACAUUGACAGGAAAACUGGUAAUACUAAUAAAAUAAGAUAUUAAAUGAAAAUUUAAACCCAUACAUUGUA